AUGGACGACUCAAAACACCUUGAGUCAAUACCGCCUGUCACGAUCGACGACGUAACAGGCAAUGCUUCUCUCGCCACGAAAGAGCAUGUAGUUCUGUGGCUUAACCGAUUCUGCUGGGAAGGAAGAUUCGGUACACGUACAGCAAAGUCGCUGAAACUGGUCGAGGUAUCGAUCCUUCCCAAAAUCGAUGAACCAAAAAGACAAGAAGCCAGGAUCAUUCUGGAGACGACUGUGAAGGAAGAUAUGCUUAACCUAGCUGGAAACAUACAUGGAGCAUGCAUCACUUACCUCGUGGAUAUCUGCUCGACACUACCGAUAAUGGCAUUAUCGCGUGCCCAAGGGGGCGAAGGACUUCCUGGUGUUUCUCAACACAUCGACAUAAUAUUCCAUGCACCCGCCAGUUUUAGGAGGGCGCACCGCGAGCUCUCGGAUAGACGAAUGGUCCUUCCCGUGGAGACUGUCGAAAAAUCCUUGCUUUCCGGGAGGUGGAACUCCCAACUUGGUCCAGAGACCCACCCCGUCUUACAAUUAGCCAAGGCAACUGUUGAUGGCGACUUCCGAACUGUGUUGACUUCAAAAUAUGCCAAGGAGCUGUUCCAGAUCAAGAACACACAGGAGGUGUCUGUCGACCAGCAGUCGUAUGCAGAAUUGUUCUUGUGGAAGUUGCAGUCCGUGGAUGACGAACAGGAGCGGGAGCUCGUCCAGCUCCUAUUGGCAGUUGCCUGCUUGCACACGUUCGUGCAGGUUAACUGGACGGGUCCGAACUUAGAAUUCAAGCUUUCGGAUAUCAUCUCGUUCCCCUCACAUCAUCCGCCGCCCAUAUCCGAGGAGACUCUGUGUGUAAAAGCCAUCGCCGAACUAGCGUACGGCGGAGAACCUGCAUACCAUCUCGCUCAGUUCCCGGUCCUCUUUCGGCUUGCGCAAGUCAUUCUUGGAUUCCCUUACGUCCAUUGCAAAUACACGCCAUGGUGGCAGCUGCGGGCGGCCAUCAUUCAUGAACGUCUUCUUGACGACCCCGUUCCAUUGCCAGCCGAAGUUUUGGGUUCUCUUGCGCCCUUAGUGGAAACGACCAACUCCGACCCUGACCUCGCAGGUCAACUAUUGCUAGAACAAGGGUUGCUUGAACACAUCUUUUCUCACGACAAGGCAGCAGCGGAACUCUUUGUCCGGGCAGCUCGUGCGACUGGGCUCCAGUACGAGCUUACGGGAGCCUUAGGAAAGCGAACAAAGUUCCAGCAAAAUGAUUUGAGCCAGCUCGUGCUUCUGGCUGAAAGCCGUAAUAAUGAUAAUUCCCCCGACAAAAAAAAACCCGCCAAUCAGGUCAGCUCUACCAAUGGCGUUACUACCAGCCGUCAAGUCAGGCUCCCAGAAACCCUUCCAUUAAAUGACGACACCCUCCUGGAGCAAACAGAAUUUACUUCGACAGCCACUGCAACAGGGAAGGCGGCACUCGAUCAUCUGGACCCGGCAUCACAGCCACCUCUCCACCCACUGGAUCAAUGUAUCCUAUUAUCCCUCUGCCUGAACGUGCGCAACACAUCACCUUCACACGGUCUGACAUCAGAACAGAUGUCACCUUAUGUCGCCCGCGUCAUCUCACAUCCUCAAAACUGGUCUAUUCAUACUAUGGCGCUUCUGCUACGUUCUCGUCUCGAAGCAUCGAGGACGAGGACUGCGGAACGAUCCACCUUGCAGCUACAGGCGCUGGUAGACCAGAUGCCCACCGCUGAUUCUGAGCUGCCUGAACGGCUGUUAUACUUCCACUCGAUACCGCUGCCUAGCAAGUGGGAGAUGGAACGUGAACUAGCACUACGUUUCCUGUCCAUCGGGGUGAUCAAGUCUGCGCUCGAAAUAUUUGAGCGACUGGAAAUGUGGGAAGAAGUGGUGAAGUGUUGGCAAUCGAUGGAAAGGAACGACAAAGCUCUCGCCAUCGUGCGCGAUCUCCUCGAGGGGCGCAAAGAAGAAGCUGAAAGCGUUAUCGCUAAAGCCAAGGACCUGUCUGCGAGCCGGAGGGAAUCCAUGGAUAUCGCCAGGGAAGCCAAGCUUUGGUGUUUACUCGGAGAUCUGGAACCCGAUAACGCCAUAGAACAUUACGAACAUGCCUGGAAGUUGUCCAUGGAGACGUCUGGCCGUGCAAUGCGUUCGUUAGGCGGUUACUACUUUUCUCGCGGGAAGUUCGCGGAUGCGGUGACAUGCCUCCGGCGUGCAGUUGCAAUCAAUCCCCUGAUAGCUCGCUCGUGGUUCGUACUCGGGUGUGCUUACAUGCGACUGGAAGAUUGGGAGGGGGGGCGAGACUCUUUCAGUCGCUGCGUCGCCAUUGAUGACGAAGACGCGGAAAGUUGGAAUAACUUGGCGACAAUGUAUCUCCGAUUGGAUGCCGCGAAAAAAUCUCCAUACGACAGGGGGAUUGACAAGGACGGCGACCGAUCCGACAAAGCCGUGACAUUUUCAAACAAGAUGUUGGCAUUCCGUGCGCUCAAGCGGGGCCUGAAGCACAGUUAUGAUAACUGGCGAAUGUGGUCUAAUUACAUGAUCGUCGCUGUAGACGUUGACGAGCUGUCUGAAGCGUGUCGUGCUCUGACCAGGAUUGUCGAGGAGCGUGCUGACAAAGUGGGUGCGGAGUGCGUGGAUGAUGAGGUCCUUGAGCGUCUCGUCGAUGCCGUGACAAGACAGGAUGGUGACCCUGACCGACCAACGGCAGGAGACAAGCAAGGGACGGUGCCGGAUGCUGUUCCAAAUGAAGGUUGCGGCUUGCUCAGGAGAGUCGUGGAUCUUUUCGAGAGGACCAUUCUUCCACGCGUAUCUUCUUCUCGGAUUUUCCGCACUUACGCACGCCUUCUUACUUGGCAGUUGCGGUGGGAAGAUGCCCUGAACGCCCAUCUUAAUGCAUACCGGUGGGGCCCUGCGGGAACGUUCGAAAGGGGAGAGACUGAUGUUGAGAAGUGGCGUGAGGCCGUCGACGAGGUUGGUGAAAUCGAAGAUAUCCUAGCCAAUUUCGGGCCCCGAGUGGAAGGCUUCGAUUGGAAGCACCAAGGACGGAGUAUUUUGAGGAUAUUCAUUGGCCGUUCGAAGGAUUUUGAAGAUGAACCCGAGUGGUCGCGAUUAACAGAGAUGCUGGAUUGGCUACGAAGCGAAGAAUAG